AUGCAGACGCAGCCAGAUCAAGAACGUCUUAAUACAUAAGCAAAUUAACCUUAAGAACCUAUCUAAAAUAAAGCACCGUUUUUUGAUCUAGAAUCUUCAGGGGAUUCUUUGGAAGAUGGUAGAGUGACUAAUCUAUAUUUUCAACGGUAUUUGAUUUUGUUAAAGUCAAUUCAGUUUUAGGAUGAUGGAUUUGAGCUUUUUUGUUUUUAAUUUAAUUGGGACUGGAUUAACAGUGAUUACCUUAGAAUUAAUUCAUUAUGAUUAAUAACAGGAAGCAAGAUUAGUGAUUUUGUGGGUGAUUUUUAUAUCAAAUUUAAUUUUAAUGGGAUUGGCCGUAGUUAGAAAUCAAGCAAAGAUCAAAUGGAGAGAGAGUAAAGGAGAUGUGUAUAGUGGAUUUACAAAGGAACACGUAGAGUUGUUGAUGGAAAUAAUCAUUAUUGUUGCAUCUCCCUUACCUUUUCUGGAUAGUAUUAGUUUCUACUUUACUAAUAAUUUUGUCGACGGAGAUGUAAACUUUAUAUCCAUAUUCCCAGGUAUAUUAUUAUGCAAACGAAUUACUUUGUUUGACUCUAGCAUUUCGUGUAAUAUUCUUUAUUCGAACAACCUUAUUGAAUUCAUAUUGGCAUUCUAAUAGAACGGAUCGAGUAUGCAGUUUAUAUGCCAGUUAAGCUGAUUAUAUGUUCACAAUAAAAUCUCUAAUGAGGUAAUUCGAAAUCAAUGAAUAGAAAUUAGCCAUUCACAGUGAAUUAUAGUGCUAUGAUUCUCCUAAUAUUUGUAUUUGGUUAUUGUUUGAGAAUAUGUGAGAGUCCUUUAAAUAGAAUCGAUGUUAGUAGCAAUGAUUUUAGUAGUUAUGCUAAUUCAAUGUGGUGUGUCAUAGUUACAAGCACUACUGUAUUUUCUAUUUUAAAUUGUAGUUAGGAUAUGGUGAUUAUUAUACAAGAACUUUAUUAGGACGUAUCGUUAUGAGUGUAGUUUGUAUAUUGGGUAACUUUGUUGUGUCAUCUAUGAUUGUCAUCAUCACAAAUGAAUCAUAUUUAACUACAUUGGAAAACAAGGUUGUCAUUCUAAUUGAUCGUUUGAGUUUGAAAAAACAAAUGCAAUAGGAGGCAGCAAUGAUUAUUACCAUUUUUGGUCGUAUGCAUUAUGCAAAAAGGUAUGUAUCAUUCAUUUUCUAGGCAUCUUGAUUUGACUGAAGAUGAAUUUACAGAUAUGAGUAAAAAGAUGAAAAAAUAUGCUAUCCAAUUGAAAUUGACCACCCGGAAAUAUGUCGCAGCCAGAGCUUUGGGAAGUUAAUUGGAAGAAAUCAACAGUGGAUUUAAUUCACUUAAAGAAAAUCUCAAAUAAACAUCUUAGUUGUAGGAAGAAUUAAUCAAAGCAAAUGAAAAUCUUAUCUAUAAGAUAGAUAAUAAAUGA